AUGUUAAAUAUCGAUCAGACGCCUCGCUGGUCGAUCAAAGAAGAGAAUUCAGAAGUUUUUCAUGUGCAGAUAUCGCAGGAUUCUAAUUUUGUUGCUAGCGGGCUUUCAAAUGGUUUAAUCUCAUUACGAAGUGCUACAACUGGUAGGCUUUCAUAUACAUUACAGCAGUCUGAAUUGCAAUUUCCUGUAACUUCAUUACGUUUUAAUCCAAAAGAUCCCAAAUUUUUUAUUGCAUCAUCCGCAGAUGGCGUAAUUAAAGAAUGGACUACUAAAAACUCAAUAUCAAAGUGGUCCACACAAGAACACGAUAAUCAAAUCUAUUGUCUUGACUUUCAGAACACAGGAACUCUCUUUGCAUCAGCAGGUCGAGAUUGUCAUGUUAGAGUUUAUGAUAAUGAAUCAAAGAAACAAGUUUUAGAUCUAGCUAGAAAUGAAUUCGAUUUAGAAACUACUCGAGGCCAUUGCAAUAGAAUAUAUUCACUUAAAUUUCAUCCUGAAGAUCCAGGAGUUCUUAUUUCUGGUGGAUGGGAUGAUACUCUGCAAGUAUGGGACCUUAGAAGUGCUUCUCCUGUUCGCGCUAUUUUCGGACCUCACGUUUGUGGAGAUUCCAUUGAUAUUAACGGAAAUUACAUAUUGGCAUGCAGCUGGAGAUCUGAUGAACAAGUUCAAAUAUUUGAUAUUAGAACAUACACACCGGUAACAACCAUGAAAUGGUCGCAAUCAGUAGAUGAUGCACAAUGUUUAAUUUAUGCAGCGAAAUUCCAUCCAAAUGGACAAAACUUCCUCGCAGGAGGCAGUGGAGUGAACCAAGUCAGAAUUUUCUCAACAGAAAAAGAUAGAUCUAUUGGAACUCCUCUAAACUUAUCUGCUCCUGUAUUUUCCAUAUGCAUGCCUACAAAUGCAUCACUAGCUAUAAUAGGUACCGGAGAUGGAACAAUUGUUGCUCAUCCUUUAAUAUCUUCAAAUUAA